AUGUCUAAUGUAGUAAGGACAAACCUUAGCGCGUUGAACGCGCACCGCAAUUUGGGAAAAGUCACUAGCCAACAGAAACAAUCAUCGGAGCGAUUAUCGUCGGGGUAUAGGAUAAACCGGGCGGCGGAUGAUGCAGCGGGGCUUGCGAUAACUCAGAAGGUGACAUCGCAGAUAAAUAGCCUCGAACAGGCGGCGAUGAAUGCGGGGAACACCCAAAACCUGAUGCAGACAGUUGAAGGCACCUUGGAAAACAUCACCUCGAAGACUCAACGUAUCCGUCAACUCGUCGGUCAGGCGGCAAACGACACCAUGACCCAAUCUGACAAAGACAAAGCUCAGCUCGAGAUUGAUGAACUGGUUUCCGACAUCCAUUCGGAGUUAGAUACCGCGGAAUAUAACGGUAAGAAGCUAUUCAACGGUAGCGGAGAGACAUCUUCCGCAUCCCAAGUUGGAGAGGACGAAGGACAGUCGAAGUCUGUGAUAGUCGCUCUCGACAGCGCCGCUAUUAUCGACAAACUGAACUCGAUCGCCAUCAACAAGACCGCCGAUGCCUCCCAGAUCUCUGACGUCGACACAGUGGACAAUGUGCUGGAAGACCUUGCCGGAGCUAGGGCUGAAAUAGCAGCCCAGCAGAACGCGUUGGAGAAGUCGAACCGGUAA